GUGUGUAGGUGUGAAGUGGGCGGAGACUCAAACUGAGACCGAGAGGUCCUCCCCGUCCGCAACGACGCACCGAGCAUUUCGGACUCGGCACCCGCACCCGUCCGAAGAGGAGGAGGAGACACCAUGGCAACGACAACUUGCACGCGCUUUACUGAUGAAUACCAGCUGUACGAGGAGCUUGGCAAGGGAGCCUUUUCAGUGGUGCGCCGCUGCGUCAAACUCUGCACUGGCCAAGAGUACGCCGCCAAAAUCAUCAACACCAAAAAACUGUCGGCCAGAGACCACCAGAAACUGGAGAGAGAAGCUCGCAUCUGCAGAUUACUCAAACACUCCAACAUCGUUCGUCUCCAUGACAGUAUCUCGGAGGAAGGCUUCCACUAUUUAAUCUUUGAUCUGGUGACAGGAGGAGAGCUGUUUGAGGAUAUUGUGGCGAGAGAGUACUACAGUGAAGCAGAUGCCAGUCAUUGCAUCCAGCAGAUCCUGGAGGCCGUGCUCCACUGCCAUCAGAUGGGGGUGGUACAUAGAGACCUUAAGCCGGAGAACCUGCUGCUGGCCAGCAAGUGUAAGAAUGCAGCGGUGAAGCUGGCCGACUUUGGACUGGCCAUCGAGGUUCAGGGAGACCAGCAGGCUUGGUUUGGCUUCGCAGGAACCCCUGGCUACUUGUCCCCAGAGGUGCUGAGAAAGGAGGCAUAUGGUAAACCUGUGGACAUCUGGGCAUGUGGUGUGAUCCUGUACAUCCUGUUGGUCGGUUACCCUCCGUUCUGGGACGAGGACCAGCACAAACUCUACCAGCAGAUCAAAGCUGGAGCGUAUGAUUUUCCCUCCCCUGAGUGGGACACAGUGACUCCAGAGGCAAAAAAUCUGAUCAACCAGAUGCUGACGAUCAACCCGGCCAAGAGGAUCAAUGCCCAGGAGGCUCUGAAGCACCCAUGGGUCUGCCAACGCUCAACCGUGGCCUCCAUGAUGCACAGGCAGGAGACUGUCGAGUGCCUGAAGAAGUUCAACGCCAGGAGGAAACUCAAGGGAGCCAUCUUGACCACCAUGCUUGUCUCCAGGAACUUCUCUGUGGGUCGACAGACCACAGCCCCCGCCUCAGUCAGUGCAGUGCCUGGAACCACCGCCGGCAUCGUGGAACAAGCAGCCAAGAGUCUCCUCAACAAGAAGGCUGAUGUCAAGCCGCAGACAAACAGCACGAGAAACAGCAUAGUCACCAGUCCCAAAGGCAACAUCACCUCUGCCCCACUGGAGCCUCAGACUACUGUUAUCUAUAAUCCAGUAGAUGGAAACAAGGAAUCGUCAGACAGCAGCAACACGACUAUUGAGGAUGAGGAUAUGAAAGCUCGUAAACAGGAGAUCAUCAAGAUCACAGAGCAGCUCAUCGAGGCGGUCAACAACGGGGACUUUGAGGCCUACGCGAAGAUCUGUGACCCCGGUCUGACCUCGUUUGAACCUGAGGGGCUGGGAAACCUGGUUGAGGGAAUGGACUUCCACAGAUUCUACUUUGACAAUCUCCUCGCCAAGAACAGCAAACCCAUCCACACCACCAUCCUCAACCCUCACGUGCACAUGAUCGGAGACGACGCGGCCUGCAUUGCCUACAUACGCCUGACGCAAUUCGUGGACGGGCAGGGCCGUCCUCGCUCCAGCCAAUCAGAAGAGACCAGGGUGUGGCACCGCAGGGAGAGCCGGUGGCAAAAUGUCCACUUUCACUGCUCAGGUGCUCCCGCUGCCCCGCUGCAGGGAUGAGGUAUGUGCGACUGAGGAGGAGGACGUCGAGAGAACAAGUGGAUAAUCAAAGACAGUGAGACUGAGCGGAGGUGGAUGGGGAGGGUGAGUCCAAAGGACUGAGGAGUCUGAUUUCCAGGAUUGUUCCACCUGCACUCCGCACACCCACCUCACUCUUCUCUCUCUGUCUCCCCCACCACCUCAACCACAGGGGGCGCAUCAGUCUGCCAACAACAAAGGGAAACUCUACUCUGUGUCUUGUCUUCUGUCAGGCAACACACGGGGG